CGUUUAAAUUGGUGAUUUUAAACGGAGAUGUCUGUACUCUUUUAAAAGCCCGUGCUCGGAAGAAUUAGUCUGACGCACCAUAUACUACCACACCUGUAGGGGGUCUGCUGAUACUUAUUUUCACCGUAAAUUCAGCAACCAAUUUGCGCCCAAGCAGCCAUGUGAAGUCAGAUAAUUGUUAUUGGCCAAUUAAAUGCUGCGUAAGAAUGAAAGCCAGCAGACCCUGUGGCUCUCCAAGACCGGGGUUUCGGAUCCCCGGCUCACGCCUUUAUAGCUAAGCACACUGGCGCGCUUUGAACCGAGCAGCUGUCUUCAAUUAUGCUGUGGGUUGGUAAAUGUCAGCGUUUAAAACCGUUUAAACUAACACAACUAACGAACAUUUGCGUUGAGCACGUGGUUUGAAUUUCUUACGUAACGGCCCCAUUAAAGACGCACGUUCUGGUAAUCAUCCUUGGCUGUUGCGCGGAGUUGAUAUUCACAUUUACGACGUUACACGUGCAUGGCCGCGUUUUGGAAGCUAAAACGAAGCAACCCGAAAGCUGCAGAAGUGCAGAAUGAAUAAGCAUCUCUUCCAAAGCCAGCAGAGGAAUGUAGGACAGUAGCCCGAACGCUGAUCAUAGCCAAUGUGGCCCAAAUCUCCGGAGGGGGCCCUUUGAUACGGGAUCUGAGAGCAAGGGCGUAUCAUUAGAACGCAAUUGAAGUCAUACAAAAACCAAUUCCGCGCACGACAGAUGCAGGCAGGCUUGUUCAGACGCGUGCAGGUCGCGCGCAGCAGUACUCGAAAGGACAUCUGUUGAAUGGAUUUCCGUAAUGCGCGCAGUAUAUGAUUGCUUUUUGAUUCUGAAAUGUAGGCUACGCUGUGUAGCUACCACACGCAAUUGUAGACGUGUCAUAUCAACAAGCCAGCAUUACAAAUUUUGAUUGCUCGACGCCUUCCAAAUGAUUAGCGGUGGCAUACUACGGCCCAUCUACCAGAAAACGGUUAUUAAUAAUAAUAAUAAUAAUAAUAAUAAUAAUAAUAAUAAUAACUCAUCCAUUCAUCUGUGCAGCGUUCAUUUCAGAAAUCGAUUCCUCUUGUGCAUAGACUCUUUAACUUUUUAAUAGCAUCUCGUUUCCACGCGGAGCCUGCUAGCACAUCGGCGUGGUUGUCGGAGAACAGUCUCCGCCAGCGGCAGGCUUUCAGCGGUGAUGGACGUAGCGACCGAUACGCAUCAGCUGAUGGCCAGGCAAGAGCCGUAUUUAGGCUAUUCAGAACUGUGUGCUAUUUACGCAUAAGAAGCUUACCUAAUCCCAGAUGCAACAUGCAGCCUUUCAACAAAGUCUAAAUCUGGAUGUACUGCUGAGAUAGAUAGAAAUCAGAAGUCACGCGCGUAAUAAUAAUAGUGGGGAGGGCUGCAAAACCGCCGCUUUUGACAAGUUCCAUAUGACACGGGGUUGCGAUACAUCACGAGCGAAAGGAAGCACGGAGUUCGCAUGAGUUGAGGGGGACGGACGGUCGGUCGAAGAGACGACUUCUGUGUGGCGGGAGCACAGCGGCGGGGGUCGCGAGAAGGACCCCCCUCUCUUUCACGUUCAGGCUGCCGACGCUCUUUGCCGCUGCGCGGACUUGAUGGCGAAGAUCAGGGUAUCAUAUGAGUACUCGGAGGCGGAGGAUAAAAGCAUCAGGCUCGGUCUGUUCCUCAUCGUGUGCGGCAUACUGUCCCUCUUCAUCCUCUGCUUCUGCUGGUUGAACCCCACCCUCCAGAACAUGCAGAGCAAGCCGGCGAACUGCACCGUGAUCUCCGUGCGUCGCGUGGACGAGAUGUUUGAGUGCGUCUUCACCUGCGGGGCGGACUGCAAGGGCACUUCGCUGUACCCAUGCCUGCAAGUGUUUGUCAAUAACUCGGAGUCGAACUCCAUAGCUCUCCUGCACUACGAUGAACAGCAGCUGGUGCUGAACCCCAAGUGCUCCUACGUCCCGCCCUGCGAGAGGGACAACCAGAAGAACAAGGAGAGCGUGCUGCGGUGGCAGGACUACUGGACGGGGGAGGGAAGCUCGCAGUCCUUCACCUGCUUCUUCAACCAGCAGCGCAGGCCGGAGGACGUGCUGUGGAAGCCGUCGGACAACGAGCGCGUGCUGCUGCACUGCAUCCUGUGGCCAAUCGUCAGCCUGCUGGUGGGCACGCUCAUCGUGCUCCUCACCAUCUGCGCCCGGAGCCUGGCCGUGCGCGCCGAGGCCCUGCAGAAGAGGAAGUUCUCCUAGGGGGCCAGCGGGUGGCGCCAGCGCGACCUCCCCUCCGCCAAAAAAAAGCAGGGGGGGGCACCCUCAUUCACGGGGGCCGCCUGCCCCGCCGCAGAGACGAAGGAGAUGGGUGAACGGACAACCCCCCCCUCCCCUGUCCGAACCGCUCCUCCCCUCCACCCCUACGCCUGAGCGAAAGGGGAAGGUGUCUCGCCGUCCGCCUCCGGUGGCGCACAUUGAUGACCUCACGCGGGCUGCUCCCUGUGCCGGGAAGCUUGCGAGAACGCCGUCUCUCCGUCCGUCUGCUCGUUCUGUCCUGUGGCUUCUCGACACGUCCGCUUUUCCGGUUCGGCCGCCGCACCGGGUACCCGGGAACUCGCCGGCGGACGGCCGAUCUCAUUUUUUAAACGUCGCCGUGUUGUAAUUAACCGCUGUCAUUUAAAUGCUGCCCCUGGCAACGACUGUAAGGAGGGCGGGGGAACCACUCAUUGCUACUGUGUUUUCUGUGCGCUCUCUCUCUCUGUCUCUCUCUCUCUCAUUCUCCUUGUCUGGGCAGUGUCUGGUCUCCAUGGUGAUUAGAUGUUUGUGUUCUGAUUUUUUUUCUCUCUCUCUCUCUCUCUCUCGGCUUCGCCGGGAAAAAAAAAAAAAAACUGGAACGGCGUCAGAAGCGCGUUGGCGGUUACUAUCGAGCAAGCCCACGUACGGUCGGUUCCAAACCGCGAUCGACCGCUCGAGGUGCCUGCUUCUACUGCAGGCAAACCGCUUUCAGCACGCUCUGUCCACAUGAGUCACGACUGUGUGAUUUAGCAACCGCAUCCGAACGUAACGUGUAAAAUGUAUGUGAUAUGAGCAAGAGGAUUGGGUUUUAUGUUAAUCAUAUCGUGUUAAUGUGUGUUAUGGCUUAAAUAUGAAAUUCACCCCGCGCCCCCCCCGCUCUGGCUGGCAAAUCUGCUGUUCUAGAAGGUGUUUGGAGAUUCUUUGUUAUUUAACGCGAAAUACAGGCGCCAGGAACAAGGUCCAAGCUGAAAAAAGUAAGUGUUAUUUGUUCAAAAGAAUCUGAUGUCUGACGCCUCCCCUUGUUUGGAGAGCCUACUCACGGCCCCUGUAUUUAGGGGUGGCAGUUUGGUGACAAGCAGAAAGAUAUUCUGAUCAAUGUAGUGUAACGAAAAAUGAGAACACCAAUGUAAAGUCAUUUAAUCAGACGCUGGGUCCCUAUGUAUAGCCAGUACGGCCUGCAAGCUCCAUGGUGUAGAGUCAGCCAGUAACUACAGUUCUGCAGGAUGACUGUGGUUUUUCCCAUGAUUAAGCCUAUCAUUUGUCUGUAUAAUCCAUCGGUGAAUACAUUUUCUCUUAAAUUGUUUUACGCUGUAGCAGUCUCUUCAGUCAAGAGUGUAGCUCUCUAAAAGGCAAGAAGGAGUUUGAUCUAAUUAGUUAAAUAAACUUAAUCGUUUUGAGACGGGCUGCGCUGAAAGACAAUUCAAAUCUCCGUCCUCGCUUAAAUCUGGCAACGCAUUUACCCGCAGGUUCAAAAUAAGUGUGACGAUUUGAGAAAAUGCCCCCACAGCCUCGAGGCACUGUGGAGGGGGAAGGUUCACGGGUUGGAAGCGGUGGUGACACGAUGGUGUUGAGUAUUCGCUGUUUUUUGCAACCAAAACUGGCGUCGUUGCGCUAUCCCCAGCACAAUGGCGCUCCCUGCAGUUCAACUCACAACUGUUCCCUUCCAAUGGAAAUAAAUUAAUAAACCACUCGUCCAAUGGUUUUACAGUACAGCCAUCAGGUGACCAGAAGUUGGAUUCCAAGAGAUAUUUUUUUGCGUCAGACUACCUGCCAAGUAGUGAAAGUGGUGUCCUAAGUCUCUAGUCCGCUACAUCCAAAUAUUGCGUGGUGAUCUCUGUACAGACUUGCACAGGUGUUUCUUUUCAGAUGAUGAAAAUAUAUUUUGUGGAAUGUGCCUUUCUUCUAUUCCAGAGCUGCCCAACCCUGUUCCUGAAGAUCUACUGUCCUGUCGGUUUUAACUGGCGCACCUGCACACCUAAUUAGCAGCUCAGUGAAAUCUCUAGCUCUUGUGUGUGGUGUCGCUUUGUUGGGGUUGAAGUGGAAGCCCACAGGAUGGUAGAUUUUUUCUUAAACGGAGCUGGGCAGCCCUGUUCUAUUCCAAUAUAUGAUGAGAUACAUACAGUAUCUUGUCAUAGAUUUAGAAUUUUUAUUUUAGUUUUUUUGUAGUCUAACAACAGCCUUAGACACCGCUGCUCGUGAAACACCAGUAAGUUUAUCUGUCUCGUUCACCGAAGCCCCUGCCAAACCCGCCCCAGUUAUGCCCCCCCACCCCCACCCCGUCUAUGAAAGUCACUGAAAUUUCUUCUUGCGCUCACACAAUCUGUAAUCACGGGAUGUCUGGCCCCUUCAGAAAUGUCACAUACAACUCUAUGCACACUAUUGGCUUUGUUUCCGGCCUGUUUCGUUUUGCUUGUCCCCUUUAUGUACCCAGGGGAAGGGAGCUUCCACCAUUUUGUGCUCUACCUGCAGUUACUGUGCUUCUGAUUGGACGCCAGAGCAGGGCGGGUGCUCUUUCCCACUUAUACAUCUCCCUCUCUCUCCUGUAGUCUUUCGCUCACUCCCUCCGCUCCAGAACAGGCGCACUGCGUCUCCGCGUCUUUUACGAGUGAGAGGCUCACCGGCGACAGUGUGCUGCCACGGUCAAGCGGGUGGUCUUGCGACCAAAUUGUUGCUGAAGCUGAAUCAGCAGUAGGGAGAUGUCCUUUUUGCAUGAGGCGCUGGGGCUGAAUUGCUCGUAUGAAAGGAUAAGUGCUUUCAGCCUGUGGGCAGGGAUUGGGCAUCAGUCCUCCAAACCCCACCCCUCUUCAGCCUGUGGUUAGGGAUUGGUCUUCAGUCCUCCAAUCCCCACCCCUCUUCAGCCUGUGGUUAAGACUUGUUCAUCAGUCCCCACCCCUCCUCCUCCAACAGUCAGUAAAGCACACUGGUCAACUAAGCGCAAAUACAACAGUUAUAGAAUUUGUUCGCCAUAUUCCCUACAGGACCCCCUUUCCUUCCACACACACACACACACACACACUACUUGUCCAUACCUCCAAACCAAUUGUCCACCUGGUUCCUGUUGAUCGUCCUUUACAUAUUUGGAUUAAAAUAUUCCUCCAUUUUGAUGGAACACAAAUUGCACCGACAUCCACGGGAAUCACAAAGCUGAAUGUUAUUACACUGAACUGACACUGUGGUGAUUUUGUUUUGGUUUUGAAAUCUGUUGACUUUCUAUGGCGGUAGACACAAUACCAAGAACUUUCUUUUGUGUUAUUAACACGACAAAAUUUCACAAUACGAUUAUUGAUUUAAUAUGUUAAAAGAGGCUACUUGUAGAAAAUAAACCCAAUGUGAUAAGAAAAAAACCUUUGUGUUACUGGUUUCACCUACACUGAAAACAGUAAUGGUCACUCCAAAGAUCUUCAGUUUUGAUUAAUAAUUAAAUUUUAUAGGCGUCAUACUGUCAUUUGAAUGUUGUCAUGUUUCAAGCUGAAAGUUUUAUUUGAUUAUUGUUCCUGAUUAAAUUUGAUAAAUGAAAUUGUCAUUUCUGAAUGUCAAUACUGAAUACUGAAAGUAAAUAUUUUGAGAUGAAUGUGGGUGUGAUUUAAUGAAAACUGGAUCUCUAAUUUAACUGCCAUUGCAAAAGUUGGAUUUUAGCAAGACAUUGUAUAUUUCAAUAUUAUUUUGCAAUGUUUAUUGAUUUAAUAAUAGCUUGUAAAACACUUGAAUAGGCCUAUGACAUGUUCACACAAAAUGAUUGUUGCAUCUAAAUAUGAACAUCCAGUUAUCAUUCUUCGAAUCACUCCUGAUACCAGCUAAAACUGAGACUUAAAACCUACUAAAGAUCUGAGGGUAAUUGAAGCAAUUCUUCGUCUUUACCCCAGAAACAAACACAUGUACACACACGCACACACACACACGCACACACAUGCACACACAUGCACACACACAUAUACACGCACACACACACGCAUGCACGCACACACACACACAGACGCACACACAUACACACACACACACACACAGCACAAGAUAAUCAUAGGUGAUCAGCAUUAGGGACCACUCUUGCUUAGAGAUUUCACUGUGCUAUUGCUUCUCAAAGUAGGAUGUAAUGAACCAUGUUAACCUUUUAUAGACUUGAGUUCUCUAAAGAACUCCAGUAUAUCAGUCCUAUGCGUUAAAAGCCAAUGUACGACUUAUGAAAGAAUAGUGCCUGGUAUAAAUCUUUAUUAAAAUAUAUGUAUUGUCUUCAAACAGAAAAGUGGUGUGCUGGAUUAUUUCAAAAUAACCAGUGGGGAAAAUGUGUCUGUUAUUAAUUAUGUGUCUGUUUCUUGAAAUUGUUCAUGGACGUGUUUGUACAGAUUUCUUUAACAUUUCUAUCUUCUUUUUAAAAGUUUCAUAUCUAUUUUUGCUUAUCUCUUCCCACGAAGGCAACAACUUGAAAUUAAGCAUUAGGGGUCUGAUAGGGGUUACCAUAGUAGCGAAUAUCAGUUAAAGGUCUGGUUAUUCUUAGAAGUCCACAUAUUCACAAUGUUCCACUUCAAGGUUGAACUUGCUAAGUUCUUUAUGAGUAAUUUCCCCUAAAUAUCAUCAUUUUUUACUUUUUUUUUUUUUUUUUUAAGUCCCCAUCAAUUCCUAAAUUUACAAUUGCUUUUCUUGGUGGGUUCCAUCGCCGCUAGCCCCUCCGUCUGUGCCGUCCGCCAUUUUGUCCUCUCCGCAGUCUGGCAGGUAGGCCUCCCAUCAGAGUUGCGCUGUGAAUGAACGAGGGCGGGGCCUGCUGGUUGAUGGCUCUGCCCGCAUCCAGUGUGCGACCAGGAAGCUUUUAAAAUAUGCAUGCUUCCCCUGGGCAUUUCUGAGGCUGACGUUCUCAAACGUUUUACAUUUCUUUUAUUCAAUUAACAAAUGUGCCUUUUUUUUUUUUUUGUAAUGACCUGGAAUUAUCACAGAGCCUGUUCGUAGGUAAUUAUUUUUCCCUCACACAGAAGGGCUCUCUUUAUUGAAAUAAUAUUCAGAAGGUUGAAUAUUUAAAUUGAACAGAAUGGGUGUAAUGGCUUCUAAUGUAGUGCUUUUAACCUGAAGUGAUAAAUUGAGGGUUAACUGUACAAACCUGGAUAAUCCCCGCUGUUUUCAUCUGACACUGCCAAAUUUAUAAGUGUCUGUCUGUAUGUCUGUCUUUGUCUGUGUCACCUUUCCUUUUUUGGGCAUGUAUCAGGCCGAGUUAGUUUAAUUAUAAUCAGCUUAUCCAACGAGGAGCCACGCAUUGCAGGUGUGCAUUUCAGGUCAGAGUAGUUGUCAUGUUGUCCUAAGCAAUAAGAGUGCAACAAAAAAAGCGGGUAGGUUCCUCAAAUCAGAAUCGGGGGGAGGUAGGAGACCGCCCUGUGGGAGUCCUGUUUUGGAGCAUCGCUGAGACUUUAAACACCGGCCGUCUGACAACGAGGUUCAGCCCAAAAUAGAACGGGUGAGUAGUGAUGGGGAGUCUGCUGGGGAGCAAUGCAGCACUUCUGAGGCCCUCCAGACGUUUUGGGCCCCAGACUGCCGCCCCCGCCCCCCCUUACACCCAGAGGGAAUUCUAUCUUCCAUCUCUGGGAUGAUGUCUGGCUGCAAGGAAAAGUUUGAGGGGGAAAAAAAAAACAUUCCCAGACUUCAUGUAGCCGUCCGUCACAUUGAGACACAUUCGUCUCUUUGCCUCAGGAAGGCCUUGCGGCAGAGCUCGGAGCGGGAGAAGCCCGCUCGGUGUUCACAGCGGCCAUGUUUGAUCGCCCUCCUUGCCCCUCGUUCUCUCUACCCCUCGUGGUCAGCCCACCACUGUCUGUUGCGGUGCGUGUAAUGCUCUCGCUUAUAAAUGCAGUUAAUGUAUUUUAUUUUUGUUUAAUUGAUGGCUAAUUGAUGGUUUCUUUGAAAUUAAUUUCCGUACCCAAAGCUGAAUAUUUUAAGCCGGUUGGUGAUCUGUCAAAGGUGGAUUUGAUGAUGUUAAACCGCCAUUAUUACCCCUUUGGGUGCUCCUGUAAUGGCUGCUCUUGCAUACAUUUGCUCCCACUGUUUUAAGGCCAGUGCUCAGAAGCACCAUAACCUCCUCUGUGCUAACAUAGCCAGCCCAUCCAUUAGGCCAUAUACAUAGGCGACCACCAAGGGCCCUGGCGUGGUUAAACAGCCCCUGUAUGGCGUCUUUAUUUAUUUUUUUAUUUUAUUUUUUUGGGCCCAUUUUCAAAAUUGAAAUGGGGGUGGAUGGAAAAUCAAGUUUAUUCAAAUUAAUGUGUUUUAUAUUGAGCGUUAUGAUUUCAGAGUUCUGGAGUGGCUCAGAGGGUAAAUGUGCUGGGAUUUCCCAGCCUGAAAGUGUGGGUUCAAUUCCCACUCAAGGAGUGUGAUUAAUCUCUGUCUCUCAAAUAUGUGGUGAGUGAGAGACAGGCAAUAAUCACCCAACUUGAGCACCAAUGGUAUCCACAGUUAGUGGAUUGGGGGAAUGCUAGUACACUUACUCGCUGAGGUGCUCCAGAACUCUAUGCUCAUUAGUGACUCUUUUUAAUAAUUUCAUAUUUUCUAUGCCUACUACGUAGUUGUUGCUCGCCAUGUCCUAAGAAUUUCAUUGUUCAGAAUGAAAAAAUAAAUAAUCAUAUAAAUAAACUGUCAUGUAUUGAAACACGGAGUAUACUGUUGGCAAUUGUUUUUGAUGACAGUGUGAUUGGAUUUUAAGGCCUUUUGUAGUAAUCUCUGCAUGUGCACAUGUAAUAAAUUUAAUUUUAUUGCACUACAGUGUAAAGCUCUUACUCUGAAAUAAGAGGAAUAUUUCCCAGUGUGCUAGUUUUGAAGUGUACGUCUAAUGAAUAUGCAAUACGAAAAACAAUUUGAAUGAUUAUAUGCAGAUUACUUACUCAUAAUGUAUUGCACAUGUAUCAUAAAGAAAUAUGACUGCCUGGUAUUUUAUGUAUAUAUAAUCUAAUCAUUUAAUCUAAAUAAAACUCUCAACAAAGGGGCCUCAAGUUCAAGUGAAAAAAUAAAAAAAUUCUAAAUAUGAGACGGAACAUAAAAUUCUCUUUGUUCAACAACCACUUUGAAAAAAUAAAGAAAAUGUGUGUGGAUACAUUUACAAUGGAAAAAAAUUGUUUCAGACUAUGGACUCUUGUCCAAAAGUGAAAAAAGCAAAAAUUCUUCAUAUGUAAUUUUUGAAUUCAGAUGCAUGGAAAAUCAUGUUUAUUAAUGUGUUUUAUAUCGAGCGAUUUCAGAGUUCUAGGGUGGCUCAGAGGGUAAAUGCGCUGGUAUUUCCCAGCCUGAAAGUGUGGGUUCAAUUCCCACUCAAGGAGUGUGAUUAAUCUCUGUCUCUCAAAUGUGUUGAUGGCUGUGGUGAGUGAGAGACAGGCAAUAAUCACCUAACUUGAGCACCAAUGGCAUCCACAGUUAGUGGAUUGGGGGAAUGCUAGUACACUUACUCGCUGAGGUGCUCCAGAACUCUAUGCUCAUUAGUGACUCUUUUUAAUAAUUUCAUAUUUUCUAUGCCUACUACGUAGUUGUUGCUUGCCAUGUCCUAAGAAUUUCAUUGUUCAGAAUGACCCUGUGUUAUACUGUGCAUUUGAUAAAUAAAACACUUGAACAUUACAAACCACUUUGGAAACCAGAAAAAUUAAGAUUUAUAAAAAGUUAUGCAUUACUCAUUAAUAAUUAAAAGUAGUUUUCACAAAUAUGUUCAAUUCUGUCAUGAAUAUAUUUGUGGAGAUUAUUUUGUCAAGGAACGUAGUACUGAGCCUUUUUUAUUAUGUUCGAUGCGAUUGAAAAACACUUGUUUGACGUUUGAGACAUUAUUCUGUGCGGAACUAAAGUUUUGUACACGUGGGGCAGGUGGGACGCAUUAUGGGUGACACAUCUUCCGUUUUCAUGUUUACUUUGUGGAAGCGCUGCCAUGCGGUUAGCACGGGAUUUCUUCUCCUGCACGUACAGUAAGUAUUAGCACGGGAUUUCUUCUCCUGCACGUACAGUAAGUAUUAUAAUUUUUGUUUUCAGUGUUGCUGAGAGUGCUGUGAAUUUGGUUAGUUUUUUGCUGUCUGGGAAACAUGCGGAAUGUACAUUUUUAAGUUUUAAUCAAGUUAUGGUGAGUGUAAGAUGUCAUCGCUUAGCAUGGUCAAUGUAAACAAACGAAACCGUAGUAGCCGUAGCGUAGUACCUAUUUUCUGUUUUCAUGGUGUUUCUUGGUAGCGAUUCAGGGCCUGGGGUUUGAAGGAGGAAGUCCCCAGAUGGAGGCGCUGUGUGAGUAUGAGUUUUGUUUUGUUUUUAUUUGUACUAUGCACCACAUUUGGUGUAGAUUAGUGUAUUACUACUGACAGUCUCCCAUACUGCUACUUUUAUGCAAUCAAAUUUUUAAAAAAUUAAAAUAAAAUAAUAUUAAAAUAGUAUGGGCGACUGUCUGUAGUAAUGCCCUAAUGGAGGGUGGGACCUCAAAAAAAAAAAAUGUAAAAAAAUAAAUUAAAUAAAUAAUUAAUAAUUAACAAGGUCACGUCGCAGAGACACUUGGGGUGUUCAUGACCAGGCUUGCAGGUAGCCUAAAUGAUGAGACAAUAUUAGCUGAAUGGUCUGUUCUCAUCAUGUAUUUUCUUACUUUGACAAUGUUAGGACAUGUUAUUUAUUUAUUUGUUUAUUGCUUAUUUUUAUUAAAAAACAGAGUGGGACAGUCCACCCUUCCUUAGUAUUUCUUCAGCUUUUUUCAAACGGGGUAGCGGAUACAGAGAGUACCACGGCGGGGCUUAAACUCCCACCUGCGUGAGCUUUCAACCGGCACCUACCCGUAGCACCCCACCUACGGGUGCACUGACUCAGAGCGUGUGCCGUUGGUGCUGGGAGCGCCCCGUGGGCAGAUGGUCUGGGCCCCAUAGGCAGAUGGUCUGGACCCCUUGUAUCCUCUGAGUCCCUGAACAGGUUUCUGCUGAGAUCCUCCAUGACGACUGAGAGGAUCCUCUAUGGCCCAGCAGCCGAUGCACCAGCAUCCGUUGGAAGAUUAGCAGCGAGAAGUGAUCACACUGCCCAUCCCACAGAGGAGGAUACCUGCUGUCCAUGCACAGCACCCCCCAGAGAACCCCAGAAUGUUUUUCAGUUUUGUUUUUCAUUUGGUUUUGUUUGAUUGAAGAAAUCAAUAAAUAUGACUGCCAGGUA